AUGAGAACCGCUCUGAGCCAAGAAACAGAGACAUACCUUCAAAACAAGAACCCUUUCUGAUGCUGCCUGUCGCUACCUCUUUCAGAUUCUAUCUGACUGUCUCUGGGUAUAAAAUUAAAUAUGACAGGCCAACCGACAGGUCGCUUCUCCUCCGCUGAAUAGCAACACAGCUGUCCUUGUCGUUGCACAGACGGGAAUGUCAACUCGGAAAGAUGGUCCGCAUAGCGAGCGUCCUGGGGUUGGUGAUGCUCAGUAUUGCUCUGCUCAUACUCUCAUUGAUCAGCUACGUGUCAAUAAAAAAAGAUUUUCUAUUCACGAACCCCAAAUACGCAAGUUCAGGGGGUUCUCGGAUGUAUAUGUUUCAUACCGGAUUUCGGUCUCAGCUGGCCAUGAAGUACCUGGACCCAGCCUUCACCCCUCUGACCAAGGCCCUAAACGAGAUCAUCCAGGAGAACGCCUCCAAAUGGCGCUAUAACAGGACGGCUUUCACAGAACAUAGAAAAGAGAUCUCUCGGCACAUCGAUAUCGCCCACAACUUCACCCUGACCCGGAGCAGCGUGCGCGUGGGUCAACUGAUGCACUAUGACUACUCCAGCCACAAGUACAUCUUCUCUAUCGGAGAGAACUUCAAGUCCCUGCUUCCCGAGGCCUCCCCCAUCGUCAACAAGCACUACAAUGUGUGCGCCGUGGUGGGGAACAGCGGCAUUCUCACAGGGAGUCGUUGUGGUCCCGAGAUCGAGAAGUUCGACUUCGUCUUCCGCUGCAACUUCGCUCCCACUGAGAUCUUCCGCCGGGACGUGGGGCGGAGGACCAACCUCACAACCUUUAACCCCAGCAUCCUGGAGAAGUACUACAACAACCUGCUGACCCUCCAGGACAGGAACAACUUCUUCCUGAGUCUGAAGAAGCUGGACGGGGCCAUACUCUGGAUCCCUGCCUUCUUCUUCCAUACCUCGGCCACGGUGACCAGGACACUGGUCGACUUCUUUGUGGAGCACAGAGGACAGCUGAAGGUUCAGCUAGCCUGGCCUGGCAACAUCAUGCAGUACAUAAACCGAUACUGGAAGACCAAGCAGCUGUCACCGAAGCGUCUGAGCACAGGGAUCCUCAUGUACACUCUGGCCUCGUCCAUGUGUGAGGAGAUCCACCUGUACGGCUUCUGGCCCUUUGGCUGGGACCCAAACACGGGCAAGGAGCUGCCCUAUCACUAUUACGACAAGAAGGGUACCAAGUUCACCACCAAGUGGCAGGAGUCCCACCAGCUGCCAGCAGAGUUCAAACUGCUCUAUAGGAUGCACACAGAGGGACUUAUCAAACUGACGCUCUCACAUUGUGCCUAGACCUGACUGGACUGGACCGAACCAGACUGGACCGGACUGACCUGACUGGACUGGACCGAACCAGACUGGACGGGACCGACCUGACUGGACUGGACCGAACCAGACUGGACGGGACCGACCUGACUGGACUGGACCGAACCAGACUGGACCGGACCGACCUGACUGGACUGAACCGAACCAGACUGGACGGGACCGACCUGACUGGACUGGACCGAACCAGACUGGACCGGACCGACCUGACUGGACUGGACCGAACCAGACUGGACGGGACCGACCUGACUGGACUGGACCGAACCAGACUGGACGGGACCGACCUGACUGGACUGGACCGAACCAGACUGGACGGGACCGACCUGACUGGACUGGACCGAACCAGACUGGACCGGACCGACCUGACUGGACUGGACCGACCUGACUGGACUGGACCGAACCAGACUGGACCGGACCGAACCAGACUGGACGGGACCGACCUGACUGGACUGGACCGAACCAGACUGGACGGGACCGACCUGACUGGACUGGACCGAACCAGACUGGACGGGACCGACCUGACUGGACUGGACCGAACCAGACUGGACCGGACCGACCUGACUGGACUGGACCGAACCAGACUGGACUGGACCGAACCAGACUGGACGGGUACAUGGACUAGAUCAGACUAAAAGGCUAAAUCUGGCACAUUAUGUCAUUUUCU